AUGGAUUUUUCUAAAAUCGUUGUGGAACCUCUAUCCACAUCACUAAACAAGAGCAAUAUCGUGAUAACAAAAAAUUAUGGACUUGAUGGGAGUAGCGGUUUUUGGUGUUUGAAAUUUACGUUCGACUACAAGCUGGAGAAGGCCAUUGCAGUGGGUCUGACGAAUUUCAAGUACGACUCGACAGGCAAGAUUUGGACUCUAGAGAUAGAGAAAUGCCACUAUCUGCGCAUUAAAAAUGCGGACGAUCGUGUGUCUUUUGAUAUGGAAGAUGAGCUUGUUAAUGUCAAUGAGUUGAAACGUCUUCGAGGAUGUGCGUUUAACAACGAGAAACUUCAAGGUUAUUUGGAAACGAACGUCGUGCCACUGAUAACAAAGAAAAUAAGUAUACGAAAUUCGCCCCACAAUUUCGGUUUUUCCUCAGCCACAAAGCGAAGGACAAGCCUCUCAUGCGUACAUUUAAAGCUGGGCUAAAGUUUCUCGGGUAUUCGACGUGGAUAGACAAAUCCGAUAUGCCUAUUGUAGCACAUCUGCCGUCGGCUUUGAAAAUAUCGAUCGACGAUUGUGAUUGCCUUAUUGCCUGGUUGAACGAGGAAUAUUUCAAAAGCGAGUACUGCACAGCAGAGCUCUUAUACGCCAAGAAUCUUGGUAAGAUGAUUCUACCAUUUGGAGUAUUCAGCAAAAUUAAAACCCGGCUUCGCGAAGACGAAAACCUCAAAUUCUUGGAAGGCCUUUUAAUAAGUAACCCAAAUGAGAUGUCUUUCUUUGAAGUGUUAAGACGCAUCGAUGAAACAUUGUUCAAUUUUGAAGAUGGCUUUUGCUUCAUCUUAGACAGCUUCAAACAACAUCCGGCAUCAAUUUAUCGUAUAGUUGUAACCAUCGGCUGA